AUGAAAGUUUCCGAUAGGCGUAAGUUUGAAAAAGCAAACUUUGACGAGUUUGAGUCGGCUCUAAAUAACAAAAACGACUUGGUACAUUGUCCCUCAAUAACUUUAUUUGAAUCGAUCCCCACGGAAGUGCGGUCAUUCUACGAAGACGAAAAGUCUGGCCUAAUCAAAGUGGUAAAAUUCAGAACUGGUGCAAUGGAUAGGAAAAGGUCUUUUGAAAAAAUUGUCGUUUCCGUCAUGGUCGGGAAAAAUGUACAAAAGUUCCUGACGUUUGUUGAAGACGAACCAGAUUUCCAGGGCGGACCAAUCCCUUCAAAGUAUCUUAUUCCCAAGAAAAUCAACUUGAUGGUCUACACGUUGUUUCAAGUGCAUACUUUGAAAUUCAAUAGAAAGGAUUACGAUACCCUUUCUCUUUUUUACCUCAACAGAGGAUACUAUAAUGAGUUGAGUUUCCGUGUCCUGGAACGUUGUCACGAAAUAGCGAGUGCCAGGCCGAACGACAGCUCUACGAUGCGUACUUUCACUGACUUUGUUUCUGGCGCACCUAUUGUAAGGAGUCUUCAGAAAAGCACCAUAAGGAGAUAUGGGUACAAUUUGGCACCCCACAUGUUUUUGUUACUACACGUAGAUGAGCUAUCGAUUUUUUCUGCAUACCAAGCAAGUUUACCUGGCGAAAAGAAAGUCGACACAGAGCGGCUGAAGCGUGAUCUAUGCCCACGUAAACCCAUUGAGAUAAAGUACUUUUCACAGAUAUGUAACGAUAUGAUGAACAAAAAGGACCGAUUGGGUGAUGUUUUAGCUACAGCGCAACGUAUACGUCGACGAUACAACAAGAACAGUUCAUCGGAGCCUCGACUAAAGACGCUUGACGGACUCACUUCCGAGCGCUGGAUUCAAUGGUUAGGCCUUGAAAGCGACUACCAUUGUUCAUUCUCUAGUACUCGGAAUGCGGAAGACGUAGUGGCAGGUGAGGCGGCGAGUUCAGAUCAUCAUCAAAAAAUUUCAAGAGUAACGCGAAAAAGGCCCCGAGAGCCCAAGAGUACAAACGAUAUCCUCGUCGCAGGCCAGAAACUCUUUGGCAGCUCCUUUGAAUUCAGGGACUUGCAUCAGUUGCGCUUAUGUCAUGAAAUAUACAUGGCAGACACACCCUCUGUGGCAGUACAGGCCCCACCGGGCUAUGGUAAGACGGAGUUAUUUCAUCUCCCCUUGAUAGCACUGGCGUCUAAGGGCGACGUGAAAUAUGUGUCGUUUCUGUUUGUACCGUACACAGUGUUGCUUGCUAAUUGCAUGAUCAGGUUGAGCCGAUGCGGUUGCUUGAAUGUGGCCCCUGUAAGAAACUUUAUUGAAGAAGGUUGCGAUGGCGUUACUGAUUUAUACGUGGGGAUCUACGAUGAUCUUGCUAGCACUAAUUUCACAGACAGGAUAGCUGCGUGGGAGAAUAUUGUUGAGUGCACCUUUAGGACCAACAACGUAAAAUUGGGUUACCUCAUUGUAGAUGAGUUUCACAACUUUGAAACGGAGGUCUACCGGCAGUCGCAAUUUGGGGGCAUAACUAACCUUGAUUUUGACGCUUUUGAGAAAGCAAUCUUUUUGAGCGGCACAGCACCUGAGGCUGUAGCUGAUGCUGCGUUGCAGCGUAUUGGGCUUACGGGACUGGCCAAGAAGUCGAUGGACAUCAACGAGCUCAAACGGUCGGAAGAUCUCAGCAGAGGUCUAUCCAGCUAUCCAACACGGAUGUUUAAUCUAAUCAAGGAGAAAUCCGAGGUGCCUUUAGGGCAUGUUCAUAAAAUUUGGAAGAAAGUGGAAUCACAGCCCGAAGAAGCACUGAAGCUUCUUUUAGCCCUCUUUGAAAUUGAACCAGAGUCGAAGGCCAUUGUAGUUGCAAGCACAACCAACGAAGUGGAAGAAUUGGCCUGCUCUUGGAGAAAGUAUUUUAGGGUGGUAUGGAUACACGGGAAGCUGGGUGCUGCAGAAAAGGUGUCUCGCACAAAGGAGUUUGUCACUGACGGUAGCAUGCGAGUUCUCAUCGGAACGAAAUUAGUGACUGAAGGAAUUGACAUUAAGCAAUUGAUGAUGGUGAUCAUGCUUGAUAAUAGACUUAAUAUUAUUGAGCUCAUUCAAGGCGUAGGGAGACUAAGAGAUGGGGGCCUCUGUUAUCUAUUAUCUAGAAAAAACAGUUGGGCGGCAAGGAAUCGUAAGGGUGAAUUACCACCAAUUAAGGAAGGCUGUAUAACCGAACAGGUACGCGAGUUCUAUGGACUUGAAUCAAAGAAAGGAAAAAAGGGCCAGCAUGUUGGAUGCUGUGGCUCCAGGACAGACCUGUCUGCUGACACAGUGGAACUGAUAGAAAGAAUGGACAGAUUGGCUGAAAAACAGGCGACAGCUUCCAUGUCGAUCGUUGCGUUACCGUCUAGCUUCCAGGAGAGCAAUAGCAGUGACAGGUGCAGAAAGUAUUGCAGCAGUGAUGAGGACAGCGACACGUGCAUUCAUGGUAGUGCUAAUGCCAGUACCAAUGCGACUACCAACUCCAGCACUAAUGCUACUACCACUGCCAGCACCAACGUCAGGACUAGUGCUACUACCACUGCCAGCAUCAACGUCAGGACUAGUGCGACUACCACUGAAAGUACCAACUCCAGCACUAAUGCUACUACCACUGCCAGCACCAACGUCAGGACUAGUGCUACUACCACUGCCAGCAUCAACGUCAGGACUAGUGCGACUACCACUGAAAGUACCAACUCCAACACUAGUGCUACUACCACCGAAAGUACCGACUCCAACACUAGUGCUACUACCACCGAAAGUACCGACUCCAACACUAGUGCUACUACCACUGCUAGCACCAACUCCAGCACUAAUGCCACUACCACUGCUAGCACCAACUCCAGCACUAAUGCCACUACCACUGAAAGUACCAACGCUAGUGCCAAGGAGGACGCCAAUAAAGAUGGCAAUGCUGAGGAUAAUAGAUUCCAUCCAGUCACCGACAUUAACAAAGAGUCGUAUAAGCGGAAAGGGAGUCAAAUGGUUUUGCUAGAGAGAAAGAAACUGAAAGCACAAUUUCCCAAUACUUCCGAGAAUAUGAAUGUCUUACAGUUUCUUGGAUUUCGGUCUGACGAAAUUAAACAUCUUUUCCUCUAUGGUAUUGACAUAUACUUCUGCCCAGAGGGAGUAUUCACACAAUACGGAUUAUGCAAGGGCUGUCAAAAGAUGUUCGAGCUCUGUGUCUGUUGGGCUGGCCAGAAAGUAUCGUAUCGGAGGAUGGCUUGGGAAGCACUAGCUGUGGAGAGAAUGCUGCGAAAUGACGAGGAAUACAAAGAAUACUUGGAAGACAUCGAGCCAUAUCAUGGGGACCCUGUAGGGUAUUUGAAAUUUUUUAGCGUAAAAAGGGGAGAGAUCUACUCUCAGAUACAGAGAAAUUAUGCUUGGUACCUGGCCAUUACUAGAAGAAGAGAAACAAUUAGUGUAUUGGAUUCGACAAGAGGCAAGCAAGGGAGCCAAGUUUUCCGCAUGUCUGGAAGGCAGAUCAAAGAGUUGUAUUAUAAAGUAUGGAGCAACUUGCGUGAAUCGAAGACAGAGGUGCUGCAGUACUUUUUGAACUGGGACGAAAAAAAGUGCCGGGAAGAAUGGGAGGCAAAAGACGAUACGGUCUUUGUGGAAGCGCUCGAGAAAGUUGGAGUUUUUCAGCGUUUGCGUUCCAUGACGAGCGCUGGACUGCAGGGUCCGCAGUACGUCAAGCUGCAGUUUAGCAGGCAUCAUCGACAGUUGAGGAGCAGAUAUGAAUUAAGUCUAGGAAUGCACUUGCGAGAUCAGCUUGCGCUGGGAGUUACCCCAUCUAAAGUGCCGCAUUGGACGGCAUUCCUGUCGAUGCUGAUAGGGCUGUUCUACAAUAAAACAUUUCGGCAGAAACUGGAAUAUCUUUUGGAGCAGAUUUCGGAGGUGUGGUUGUUACCACAUUGGGUUGAUUUGGCAAACGUUGAAGUUCUCGCUGCAGAUAACACGAGGGUACCGCUGUACAUGCUGAUGGUAGCGGUUCACAAAGAGCUGGAUAGCGAUGAUGUUCCAGACGGUAGAUUUGAUAUAAUAUUACUAUGUAGAGAUUCGAGCAGAGAAGUUGGAGAGUGA